GGCAGCUGGGUAAUGAGUAGGGGGAUGGAUGUUCCUGUCCUCUGUGGGAUCCCACGCAAGCCUCAGUUUCGUUCUCUGUAAAACGGGAUGGUUGUAUCUUCCAGAGAGCAGACUUAAGGGUGAGGCCCUGGGUUGAUAAGUGUGCAUGACCCUUAUCUAAGGCUAAAAAGGCAUUUGUGGGGUAGUGGAAGGGUGGCAGGGUCUGGACACUGGAGGUCUGUAUUGUGUGGUGCCCUAAAGGGCUUUUGUGUCUGUACAUUCCGUGGGGACAAUGUUAAAGGCUUUGGUCUGUAUUCCGGGGGAUCCUGUCCAGCUCAAAGUCCCCCACGUGGUGGGGAGGUGAGCUUAGAAUGGGGGCAGAAGGGUCAUCCAGGCCAGGCACGUGUGUGUCUGUGUGUGUGUUUGUGUUUGUGUGUGUGAUGGGGUUCUUGCAUUGGAGGGCCCAGCUAGGUCAUGGCCAGGCUGGAGUAUGUGGUGGUGGCGGCUGCAGAGUGAGACAACAGCCAUCAGGUGUGUGUGUGGGGGGUCGGCUGCCAGGGGUGGUGAUUUGCCCAUGUGGGGUGUGGGAGGUGGUGAUGUGGAUUUGUCUUUGGGAAGCCAAGCGAGCGUGGAGCUCGGCCCUGGGUGUGAAAUCUGAGCUAUCCGGGAGAGCAGUUUGGGAGGAGGAGCCAGGGCCGGUGAUGUAACCAACAGUGGAAAAGAGAAGGGGUCACCGUAGUGAAGGAUGAGAGGGACACAGCUGGGGGCUGGCAAAUUGGGAGUUCGUGUGCUGGAGCCGUGGUGUCCGUGAAGCCCAAGAACUGGGGUCAGCAACCUUGGCCAUGGACCAGCCGGCUGGCCUGCAGGUGGACUACGUCUUCCGGGGUGUGGAGCAUGCCGUGCGGGUAGUGGUUUCUGGGCAGGUGCUGGAGCUGGAGGUGGAGGACCGGAUGACGGCUGACCAGUGGCGGGGCGAGUUCGAUGCCAGCUUCAUCGAAGAUUUGACUCACAAGACAGGGAACUUCAAACAGUUCAACAUCUUCUGUAACAUGCUGGAGUCAGCCCUCACGCAGAGCAGUGAGUCGGUCACCCUAGACCUGCUGACCUACACAGACCUGGAGUCCCUGCGAAACCGCAAGAUGGGGGCCCGCCCGGGCUCCUUGGGCCCCAGGUCGGCUCAGCUCAACUCCAAGCGCUACCUGAUCCUCAUCUACUCCGUGGAAUUUGACAGGAUUCACUACCCGCUGCCCCUCCCGUACCAUGGCAAGCCCGACCCCGUGGUCCUGCAGGGCAUCAUCCGCUCGCUGAAGGAAGAGCUGGGCCGCCUGCGAGGGCCGGAUGGCCAGGCCACUCAGGACACCCGGGAGACUGAGAUCUGGCACCUGCGGGAGCAGGUGUCGCGCUUGGCGGCUGAGAAGCGCGAGCUGGAGUGCCAGCUGGGCCGGUCGCGCGAGGAGGCUCUGGCCGGCCGGGCGGCGCGCCAGGAGGCCGAGGCGCUGCGCGGGCUGGUGCGCGGCCUGGAGCAGGAGCUGCGGCAGGAACGCGGCCUCGGGCACAGGGCUGCGGGUCACCGCGGCCAGGACUGCCGCGGCCAGGACUGCCGCCGCCUGGCCAAGGAGCUCGAGGAGGUGAAGGCUUCGGAGCGGAGCCUGCGCUCGCGGCUGAAGACGCUCAACACCGAGCUGGCUCUGUACAAACGCGGGAGACGGACUCCGCCGGUGGCGCUGGCCCGGGAGGACCGGGCUUCGUCGUCCCGCGAGCGCUCCACCUCUCGUGGCCGUGUCGCCGCUCGCUCCUCGUCCCGGGAGAGCGGCCGCGGAAGCCGGGGCCGGGGCCGCCCUGCCCACCCCUCGCCCUCACCCACAGGUGGUCGCGCGCUCCGUUUCGACCCCACAGCCUUUGUGAAAGCCAAGGAAAAGAAGCAGAGGGAGAUCAGGAUGAAGCAACGGCAGCAGCAGCGGAACCGCUUGGGCAGUGGAGGAAGCGGGGACGGUCCCUCCGUCUCAUGGUCUCGUCAGCCCCGGCCCCCGGCUGCCGUGACUGGCCGAGGGGACGCAGCCAAUCGCUCCCGGAACCGCAACCGCAGCUCCUCCGUGGACAGUUUCCGCAGCCGCUGCUCCUCCGCCAGCUCCUGUAGCGAGUUCGAGGACUUCUCGGAGUCCAUCUCCAGAGGCGUUCCUCGCCGUGGGAAGCCGCCCAGCCCCACACCCUGGAGUGGGUCCAACAGGAAGUCCACCCCCCUGGAACGCAGCCACCAUCAGAGACACCUGGCCAACUCAGGUGGCUGGGUCCCCAUCAAAGAGUACAGCUCGGACCACCAGGCGGCCGACAUAGCCGAAAUAGAUGCCCGCCUGAAGGCCUUGCAGGAAUACAUGAACCGACUGGACACGAGGUCGUGACCGUGGAGAAGGGGGUACUGCCCCUCCACCCCCACCCUCUGCUGGGUUUGGCAUGGGGGGUGGGCCAGGGUGGCCUUCCAGCCCUGCCCAGGCUCCACCCCUCCUGGUGCUCCUGGGGUCUCAGGUGUGUGAGGCCCUGACCCCGUCCUCUCCCCAGGCAAGGCAUGCUGGGGGGGAGGAUAUGUGCAUUUUGUAAAUAAACAUUUAUGCCUUUGGGACCCCUCA